AUGCACCUCCUUCUCGCAGCCCUGGGCGCGUGCCUGGCCGCCGCCGCCGACACGAACCAUACCGUCUACAUCAUCAGGCACGGCGAGAAGACGUGGAGCGGCGGCUGCCUCAGUCCGCAGGGGCAGGAACGAGCCAACGUGCUGCCGGAGAUCUUCGACGGCGAGACGUCGAAGAAGCACCAUUUUGCGACGCCGACGAAGAUCUUCGCGGACCAGUACCGCGAGCCGCCCGAGUGCGAGCGCUGCUGGCUCACGGUGGAGCCCAUCGCGCAGCACCUGAACCUGACGGUGUCCUUCGCGCACGGCCACGAGUUCAACGGCGGCAACGCCGCGGCCGCGGCCGCGAUCAAGGAAGCCGCGCGCGCGGAGACGGUGACCCUCGUCGCCUGGGAGCACGAAAACAUCCAAUACCUCGCGGCGGACCUCGGCGUGCCCACGAAAUCCAUCCCGGAUUGGAAGAGCGACGACUACGACUCCGUCUACGAGCUCACCUUCGACGCGGCGGGCGCCUUCGCCGGCUUCGACGCGCUCGCCCAGGACUACAAGCCGUGCUCCUCCGACUCGAAAUACAAGCCGUGCUCGAAGGGCGCCGCCGUCGAGAGCAG